UCAGCUACAACGCUGGGAUCAGCGCGUGCGAAAAGGGCGAGCAGUGGCAACGGGCCCUGGCACUGUUCAGCGAGAUGUGUGCGGCGAAUUUGGAUCCCAACGUGAAUAGCUACAGUGCCGGGAUCAGUGCGUGCGAGAAGGGUGCACAGUGGCAGCGGGCUCUGUCGUUGCUCAGCGAGAUGCGGGGGGUGAUGGUGAAUCCCGACGUCGUUAGCUACAGCGCUGGGAUCAGCGCAUGCGAGAAAGGCGAUCAGUGGCAGAGGGCUCUGGCGCUGCUCGACGAGAUGUGGGAGGUGAUGCUGAAGCCCACAGUCAUCCUUUUUUCAGCUACAACGCUGGGAUUAGCGCUUGCGAGAAGGGCUCCCAGUGGCAAAGGGCUCUGGCGCUUCUGA